AUGGCAGACAAUAACAUCAACAAUAUUGUUGAAAAUUCGGUUUUCAUCUGGUUAGAUAGUACAAUAGAAAAUUCAAAGUCACAUUGUGAUACAGAAUCGCUUUUAAGACAAAUAGUUCGAGGUCGUUUACAAACAUUUAUUGAACCCGAUCUAUGUAUUGAACAAAUACUCACAAACUUACAGGAAAAACGAAUCAUUUUUAUUGUCUCAAAUGAAUUUGGUCCAACAGUCGUACCAUUUAUUCAUGAAUGUCCACAAAUACAAACUAUUUAUGUAUAUUGUGGUAAUCGACAAGUAGCUGAACAUUGGACAAAACCAUACACAAAAAUUAUUGGCAUAUUUACUGAUAAAAAGACAUUAUUAAACAAAAUAUGUGAUGGUGAUGUUGGUGCACAUAGAAGAGAUUGUAAAUUACCAAUGAGUGUAUUUCAUAUCGAAGAAAAACAAAAAUUUUUUCAAAAUCUAACUACAGAGAGUAUAUCUUUUAUGUGGUAUCGACUACUGCUAACAGUCCUUUAUCUGAUGGCAAAACAUUGUAAUUCCAAAACUGAAAUGAUUAAAGAAUGUCGAGUAACUUAUCAUAAUGAUGAAGUUGAACAAAAGAAAAUCAAUGAUUUCGAACAAACUUAUGAAUCAACAAAAGCAUGUUGGUGGUAUACAUAUGAUAGUUGUAUAUAUCGAUUAUUAAACAAAGCUCUUCGAACACAAAACACUGAGAUUAUAUUCAAAUUUCGAUUUUUCAUUAAUGAUCUUCAUAAUCAAAUUUCACAACUCUAUCAACAAUAUUUACAAACACAUUCAUCUACUAUCAAUCAUAGUUUAACUCUUUAUUAUGGUCAACGUAUGAAGAUCGAUGAAAUUUAUCGACUUCAAAGAAGUCUUAAUCAACUUAUUUCGAUGACUAGUUUCUUAAGUGCCACAACAAUAAAAGAUUUAGCUGAAAUCUUUGCAGAUACAAGUGAUCAAUCAAAUGAAACAUCACCCUUACAAUCUGUUUUAUUUACUAUUAAUAUUUAUAAUAUAACGAAAGACACAAUACCGUUUGGAUUUAUUCAGAAUUUUUCAUGUUGUCGUGAUGAAGAAGAAGUAUUAUUUUCCAUUGGUGCUAUUUUCAAAGUUAUAUCAGUUAAAAAAGAUAAUAAUAUAUGGCAUGUAAAUUUAGAACUAAGUAAUCAACAAAAUGAACUUUGUCAAAAUCUAUUUAAUUAUAUGAAAAAUGAGAUCGGUUCAGAACCAAGUCCUAUAUCUUAUGGUUGGUUUUUAUAUCGUAUAAAUGAAUUUGAUAAAGCUGAACGUUAUGCAAAUAUUCUUCUUAAAGAACUUCCAGAAGAUGAUAAAGAAAUUGGACAUAUUUAUAAUCUACUUGGUCUUACUUAUAAAGCAAUGAAUCUUCUACAACAAUCAAUCGAAAGUUAUACUAAGGCACUUGACAGAUAUCGUGAUAAUAAUAUGUCUAAUAGUUCUCAAGCAAUUAACACACAUAAUAAUCUUGGCUUAGCUUAUUUAGCAUUAGGUGAUAAUGAAAAGGCCGAUGAGCAUCAGAAACAAGCUGAAGAAAAAUUAAACAAUUUGUUGAAACACCAUUCAAUGCUGACUCUCGCAACAAAUAGUCUCAAGGCCAAAAUCCAUACAGCACAAGAACGCCAUGAAAGUGCUUUACAUAUCCUUCAAGAUGUUUUGCAGAAAAAAAACGAGAUUUUAGCAGCAGUUCAUCCAUCAAUCGCAACAACUUUAAGCGACAUGGGCGCUGUAUAUGAAAAAUUGGGUAAUUACCAGAAGGCGCUUGAAUGUUUCAAUCAAGCAUUAGACAUUUAUAAAAAAAUUUUACCAAUGGAUCACAUCGAUUUUGCAGUAUGUUGUGAAAACAGGGAUCGUAUUAUUGAAAAAGUUCAACAACCUACACUUGCAACACUAGAAGAUCAAUUGGCAUCGAAUGUUACGUUGAAUAACAUACGAGAUGAAGUUGAUUCAUAA